GAGUUCCAGUUACAGUUGUACCGUCAUUCAAGAUUUCCCUCCAAUUCCCAUUUAACCCCUCCCUCCAUCCCCUUAUUCAUCUCCUUGCCACUCUCCGCUAUUGUCGUCUCCCUCUUCAACAUUCCCUCCUCUUCCUCAUGUCGUAUCGUCUUUCGAGCUCCAGAGCUCAACCUAACUCUUCCAAAACGCCGCGUUUUGAAGUACUUUGAUACUUGAGAAAAAAAAUCUGAGGAAGGUGAAGAUGAAUCGGAGCUUUAGGGAAGAAACAGUUAUGAAAGUGGCGGCCUUGAAACAACGGCAGCAAUUAAGAACUUCGAUGAUGAAAGAGAAAGAAGAAGAGCUUUCAUUGUUCCUCGAGAUGCGAAGACGUGAGAGAGAACAGAGUAGUCUUCUUCUUAAUCACUCCCCCGAAGACUUCGAUUCACCUUUAGGAUCUAAAUCUGGAGCUUCACCGAUAUUUGAUCUUUUGGCUUCCACAACUACUCCGGUGAGAAAUACGGGUGAUACGGCUGGUGAUUUUCUUAAUUGUGAUAGUGAUAAAAACGACUAUGAAUGGCUUUUAUCGCCCCCUGGUACUUCUCUUUUUCCUUCCUUAGAGAUGGAGUCACAAAAGACUGUAUUGAGUCAGAUUGGCGCUCCUGAGGCUCGCCCAAAUGCCGUUAAAUCUAGAGUAGCAAAUUCCCAACCAGAGCCUUCUGGGAGGGGAAACUUAACACUGAAGCCAUCAGUUUUAUCCACUGGGUAUACUGGGAUUCGCAGGCCCUCUUCCUCAGGUGGUUCAGGUUCAAGACCUGCAUCCUCAGGGGGUCCAGGUUCAAGGCCUACAUCUUCAGGGGGUGCAGCUUCAAGACCUGCAACACCCACUGGACGUUCUGCAUUGACUGGAGCAUCUAAACCUAUGAGAUCAUCAACUCCGACAAGUCGUGCCACAUUACUGUCAACUAAACCCUCCCUUUCUGCAAGUAAGCCUGUGACAUUUACAACUAGGUCUGCAACAAAACCCGUAACAUCCACGACGAAGCCCACAGUUCCUGCAGCCAGGACUGCAUCUUCUGCUAUCAAACCUGCAGUUUCUUCAAGAUCCUCCACACCUACAAGGUCCACAGCUAGGCCUUCAGCACCAACUUCAAGACCCUCUAUGCCUUCAUCUAAACCCAUAUCGAGAGCAGCCACACCAACUCGUCGACCAUCAACUCCAUCAAGUGCUCCUAAUAUAUCCACUCCUCCAAUUAAAUCAUCUCAUUCAGUAACAAAGCCAACACAGGCAGCAUCUAGAAAUUCUGUGCCAUCACGUGGUGCCUCUCCAACGGUAAAAUCUAGACCAUGGAAGCCUUCUGACAUGCCGGGUUUCUCGCUUGAUGCUCCACCAAAUUUAAGAACAACUCUACCCGAUAGACCACUUUCAGCCACAAGAGGUAGGCCUGGAGCACCAAGUUCUCGAUCUUCUGCCGUGGAACCAGGUCCUACUGGUAGACCAAGACGACAGUCAUGCUCUCCUUCAAGAGGCCAUCUCCCUAAUGGUGGAAUGUUGCAUUUCAGUGGGAGCUCUGUUCCUGCAGUAAGUCGUGGGUAUUCAAAAGUUAAUGACAACUUGAGCCCUGUUGUAAUUGGAAAUAAAAUGGUUGAGAGGGUUAUAAACAUGCGGAAGCUGGUACCACCAAAGCAAGAUGAUAAACAUUCUCCUCACAGUAACUUGUCUGGGAAGUCUGUGUCACCAGAUAGUUCAGGCUUCGGAAGAACGCUUUCAAAGAAAUCACUUGAUAUGGCAAUAAGACAUAUGGAUAUAAGGCGAAGAAUUCCUGGUAAUUUACGGCCACUGAUGACGAAUAUUCCAGCGUCAUCUAUGUACAGUGUAAGAUCAGGUCAUGCACGGGGCAGAACAAUUACUGUCUCGGAUUCCCCUCUUGCUACAAGCAGUAAUGCUAGUUCGGAGCUUAGUGUCAACAAUAAUGGCAUUUGUUUAGACAGGAGUGAACUACAAGAUGAUAUUGGAAGCGAGAGAGGUGCAAGAUCCCCUGCCGAAGUUCAUGCCAGAUGACGGUAAGGUUGUAUAACCAUGUGAUAUGUCCAUACAUUAUUGUUUUCAAUCUACAAUCUUUGACACUUGGAAGAGAAGCAACUUCCAAGAUGAACAUCAUUGGGAUUUUAUUCCAAUAUCGAUGUAUUAUUAGGGAAACUGGGUAGAUGAUAAAAAUCUUUCUCCUCCAAAUCCUAUAACGUGAGUUGUUUAGUGCUAGCUUUGAUAUGGUGAAAGCUUAUGAAACUGAAAACUAAAGAUCAGCUCCCCAGUAUUCCCAAUUGGAAUAAAGUUGCUUUGGAGGUAAAACUAAAGGUUAUAGAAGUUGCAGUUAGCUACCACUUUUGGCCAGCUAUCCUUGUAGAAAUAUUCUUAAGCUUUGUUGGGAUAUAAUUUUCAUUCCAGAUGGAUUUGAGGGUGCAUUCUCUUGCAUCGAUAUGAUACAUUUAAAAUGUUGGAAUGUUUCUUGUA